AAACUUUCAAUUUUGAAAUUUAUGUUUAUAUUGACAAAUCUAAAAGAUAUUACGAUAUUAGCUCCUACACAAUUUGACAAAGAUUUUAAUGAAGCAAUUAAAGAAUAUAUAAAUCAAAAAUAUGCAAAUAAGGUUAUAUUAAAGCUAGGCCUAGCUAUAUCUUUAUGGGAUAUUCAAAAAUUUGAACAUAGCUAUAUUUUACAAAAUGACUCCAAUGCUUAUACUAGAGUAUUUUUUAGAUAUGUUAUAUUUUCUCCAUUUAUUGAUGAGAUUAUUAUAGGAAAAAUAAAAUCAUCAACACAAGAUGGAAUACACAUUACAAUUGGGUUUUUUGAUGAUAUUAUUGUUCCAUCACAUUUAUUUCAAGAAAAAUCUUUAUUUGAUGAAAAAGAACAAACGUGGUAUUGGGAAUAUCAGACAAUUGUCGAUGAACAAGAUAUUCAAGAAAUUCGACAAGAAAUGUCACCCAAAAGUCACAAACUAUUUAUGGAUGUUGGAGAAGAGAUAAGAUUUCGAAUCAUAGACAAAAUAUAUAUAGACAACAAUCUAACCAACAUGGUAAAAGAUUCAGAUCAACCUUCUAGUUUUACAAAUCUUUCAAACAAAAACAUAAAUGAAAAUAAUUUGCCUAACUAUUUAGGCAACAAUCCAGCACCCAUGACAUUGAUAGGAUCGAUAGCUGAGCCUGGUUUAGGACUUUUAACUUGGUGGACUUGAAAUGUGCGAUUGGAACAUUAUAAUUUUAAAUACAAUAUUUGUAUUAAUAUACAAUUUAUAAUAUUAUCUUCAUAUUAUUUUGAUUUACUACUGAUAUAGAGAGAAUUUACGGAACAGGUGAAUUAAAAAAUGGUUUUAAUAAAAUUUAAUUGGAAACUUUCACAUUAAAGAAAAUAAU